AUGGCGCACACCUAUGAGGUCGGCACACGGGCCUGGCAGCCCGACCCGACAGAAGGAUGGUUGGCAUCCGAGGUGAAGGAGAAGCUGGAGGAUGGAGAGAAAGUGCAGCUAAUUUUCGAGUUGGAAAAUGGAGAGAGAAAAACCGUGCAGACCACGCAGUCCGAGCUGCAGGUCGAUAACAACCCCAAAUUACCUCCGCUCAUGAACCCUGCUAUGCUUGAAGCAAGCGAAGAUUUGACGAAUUUGUCUCACUUGAACGAGCCCGCUGUCCUCCAGGCUAUAAAACUCCGCUACGCCCAGAAGGAGAUAUAUACCUACAGUGGUAUCGUCUUGAUUGCAACUAACCCAUUUGCCCGACUCGACUCACUGUACGUGCCGCAGAUGGUGCAGGUUUAUGCUGGCAAACAUCGUGCCUCGCAGGCGCCUCAUCUGUUCGCAAUUGCGGAGGAAGCUUUCGCUGACAUGCUUCGCGAUGGAAAGAAUCAGACGAUUGUCGUCUCUGGUGAAUCUGGAGCCGGCAAGACCGUGAGCGCCAAAUAUAUUAUGCGCUACUUUGCGACUCGCGAGUCUUCCGAUCAACCUGGAAAAUACACAAGCAGCCGCGCAGAGGCAAUCAGUGAAACCGAGGAGCAGAUUCUAGCUACCAACCCGGUCAUGGAAGCGUUCGGUAACGCGAAAACCACUCGUAACGACAACUCCUCCCGUUUCGGCAAAUAUAUCGAAAUCAUGUUUGAUGACCGAACGAAUAUCAUCGGAGCUAAGAUCAGGACGUAUCUUCUUGAGCGGUCGAGACUUGUCUUCCAGCCUCUCAAAGAGCGCAAUUACCACAUCUUCUACCAACUGGUAGCCGGUGCUUCCGAUGCAGAGAAACAGGAGCUGGGUCUCUUGCCUAUUGAAGAAUUCGAGUACCUGAAUCAGGGUGCCACUCCAGUGAUCGACGGUGUCGAUGACAAGGCUGAAUUUGACGCGACCAGGAAGUCGCUGGCUGUGAUUGGUGUGCCGGAGGAAGACCAGUCAGGAAUCUUCCGCGUUCUCGCCGGUUUGCUACACCUCGGAAAUGUCAAGAUCACAGCUACUCGGACGGAUUCGUCAGUCUCGUCGACUGAGCCUGCACUUGUCCGCGCGUGUGAGCUGCUUGGAAUUGAUGCCACCGAGUUUGCGAAAUGGAUCGUGAAGAAGCAACUUAUCACGCGUGGCGAGAAAAUUACCUCCAACCUGACACAGCAACAGGCUCUGGUUGUCCGAGACUCCGUCGCCAAGUUUAUCUAUUCAAGUCUAUUUGAUUGGCUUGUGGACAAGAUCAACCGCCGCCUUGCUACUGAUGAAGUGCUUGAGCAGUUCAAAUGCUUUAUUGGUGUUCUCGAUAUUUACGGGUUUGAACAUUUCGCCAAAAAUUCUUUCGAACAGUUCUGCAUCAAUUAUGCCAACGAGAAGUUACAACAAGAAUUCAACCAGCAUGUGUUCAAGCUUGAGCAGGAAGAAUAUGUUCGAGAAAAGAUUGACUGGACAUUCAUUGAUUUUUCGGAUAAUCAACCUUGUAUUGAUCUUAUCGAAUCGAAGCUUGGCGUACUGGCCCUUUUGGACGAGGAAUCCCGACUUCCCAUGGGUUCGGAUGAGCAGUUUGUAACAAAGCUUCACCACCACUUUGCGGCUGACAAGCAAAAGUUCUACAAGAAACCUCGCUUCGGAAAGUCUGCAUUCACCGUCUGUCACUAUGCAGUCGACGUCACUUAUGAAUCUGAUGGGUUUAUUGAAAAGAACCGUGACACUGUGCCCGAUGAGCAUUUGGAAGUGUUGCGUAAUUCCUCCAAUUCCUUCAUGAAGGAGAUUUUAGACACUGCUGCGGCCGUUCGUGAAAAGGACUCUGCUGCUAUGUCGUCUAAGCCAGUUGCGGCUGCCCCAGGGCGUCGGAUUGGCGUUGCAGUCAACCGGAAACCCACGCUUGGUGGAAUCUUCAAGUCUUCGCUGAUUGAAUUGAUGAACACCAUCAACAGCACGGAUGUUCAUUACAUCCGUUGCAUCAAGCCCAACGAGGCUAAGGAAUCUUGGAAAUUCGAAGGACCUAUGGUCCUCAGUCAGCUGAGAGCUUGUGGUGUCCUGGAAACUGUCCGAAUCAGUACCGCUGGCUACCCAACCCGAUGGACUUACGAGGAAUUCGCUGUUCGCUACUACAUGCUGUGCCAUUCCUCGCAAUGGACCUCAGAGAUUCGGGAUAUGUGCCAUGCAAUCCUCCGGAAGGCCCUAGGAGAUGAAAAGCAAGAUAAGUAUCAGCUUGGUCUUAGUAAAAUCUUCUUCCGAGCUGGUAUGCUUGCAUUCCUGGAGAAUCUCCGAACUUCCAAGUUGAAUGAAUGCGCUAUCAUGAUCCAGAAGAACUUGCGUGCUAAGUAUUACCGCCGCCGCUACCUCGAUGCUCGUGACUCAAUUCUCACCACCCAGGCUUUCAUCCGGGGCUUCUUGGCACGGCAGCAAGCCCACGAGAUCCGCCGGGUCAAGGCUGCUACUACGAUCCAGCGGGUCUGGCGUGGCCAGAAGGAAAAGAAGCGUUACACUCAAAUCCGCAAAAACUUCAUUCUGUUCGAGUCUGUUGCCAAGGGAUUCCUGUGCCGACGCAAUAUCAUGGACUCUAUCAAUGGAAAUGCGGCCAAGGUCAUUCAACGUGCUUUCCGCACCUGGCGUCAACUCCGAGCCUGGAGACAGUAUCGCCGCAAGGUUAUCACCAUCCAAAACCUCUGGCGCGGCAAACAGGCAAGAAAUGCUUAUAAGAGACUUCGCGAAGAUGCUCGUGAUCUCAAGCAGAUCUCCUACAAGUUGGAGAACAAGGUUGUUGAGUUGACCCAGUACUUGCAAACUCUCAAGCUUGAAAAUAAAACCUUGGUCUCACAGCUGGACAACUACGAUACCCAAUUGAAGUCAUGGAGAACCCGACACAAUGCCUUGGAGGCUCGCACGAAGGAACUCCAGGUUGAAGCCAACCAGGCUGGUAUCACCGCAGCCCGGUUAGAGGCAAUUGAAGUAGAGAUGAGUAAGCUUCAGCAGAGCCACACUGAAGCCCAAGCUACCAUCAAGCGCCUCCAGGAAGAGGAGAGAAUAUCCCGUGAGGCUCUUCAAACCGCCAACGACGAGUUGGAGCGUCUGAAGCUCUUGGAUGUCGAGCAUGAGAAAGAUAAGACUGGUCUCCGGCAGCGGAUUUCCGAUCUUGAGGAACAGCUCGAGAUUGCCAAGAGAUCUGUGCCUUUGAACGGUAUGAACGGCGAUGGUCUAAAUGGUGGCUUAUUCCAGACCCCUAGCCCGGGCUUGAUCAAUUUGGUUUCUUCAAAGAAACCUAAGCCCAAGAGACGCAGUGUCGGUGCUGAAAGGAUUGACACAGAUCGCUUCAGUGGUGCAUACAACCCUCGGCCCGUUUCGAUGGCGGUCACCUCUGCAUCUAUGGUUGCCCGUCACAAUGCGGCUAUCUCUCCUGGUCUAGAGUCGGUCGAGGUGGAGCUCGAGAACUUGCUUUCUGAAGAGGAGGACUUGAACGAGGAGGUCACCAUGGGUCUUAUCCGCAACUUGAAGAUUCCGCUCCCAACUUCGACACCACCACCGACCGAAAAGGAGGUCCUGUUCCCAGCAUACCUGAUCAACCUUGUUACGUCAGAGAUGUGGAACAACGGAUUUGUUAAGGAGUCGGAGCGAUUCUUGGCCAACGUUAUGCAGUCCAUUCAGCAGGAAGUUAUGCAGCAUGAUGGAGACGAUGCGAUCAAUCCCGGUGCCUUCUGGUUAUCUAACGUGCACGAGAUGCUAUCCUUUGUCUUCCUGGCCGAGGAUUGGUAUGAAGCACAGAAGACCGAAAACUAUGAGUACGAUCGCCUGUUGGAAAUCGUCAAGCAUGACCUCGAGAGCUUGGAAUUCAACAUCUAUCACACUUGGAUGAAGGUCUUAAAGAAGAAGUUGUACAAGAUGAUUGUUCCAGCCAUCAUCGAGUCUCAGUCACUUCCUGGCUUUGUCACCAGUGAAACAAACCGCUUCCUUGGAAAGCUUCUACCCUCCAACAAUAACCCCGCUUACAGCAUGGACAACCUUCUUAGUCUAUUGAACGGUGUUUACAAAGCAAUGAAGGCAUUCUAUCUUGAGGACGCCAUCAUCCUCCAGACCGUUACUGAGCUCUUGCGCCUAGUUGGUGUCACUGCUUUCAACGAUCUUCUCAUGCGACGUAACUUCCUGUCGUGGAAGCGUGGUCUGCAAAUCAACUAUAACAUUACGCGCAUUGAGGAGUGGUGCAAGAGUCAUGACAUGCCAGAGGGGACGUUGAAGCUCGAGCAUUUAAUGCAAGCGACCAAGCUUCUGCAGCUGAAGAAGGCUACUCUGAAUGAUAUUGAGAUCAUCCAAGAUAUUUGCUGGAUGCUGUCUCCAAACCAAAUUCAAAAACUGCUGAAUCAGUACCUGGUGGCAGAUUACGAACAGCCCAUUAACGGCGAGAUCAUGAAGGCCGUCGCUUCUCGCGUCACAGAGAAGAGUGAUGUGCUUCUCCUGGCUCCGGUAGACAUGGAGGACAGUGGCCCGUACGAAAUCGCCGAGCCGCGUGUUAUCACUGCUCUGGAGACCUAUACCCCAUCCUGGCUCCAAACGCCGCGGUUGAAACGACUUGCCGAGAUUGUGUCCGCGCAAGCGAUGGCGCAGCAAGAGAAGCUCGAAUGGGACCACGGGAUGAUUGAAUAG